AUGGGUCUGAAGAAAGUUGUUAGGCCCCAUCAUGAGCCAGACUACGCAUGGUCUCGCCCUCAUGGCUUGGUCGAAAAGCCAGGCAUGUAUCCUGACGAACCAGAAGCUUGGGUAUAUUGCGAUAAAUUCUCAUACGAUCAAGGAGAGACUGUAUCUCUCAAAGUUCACACCACGGCAGAAACUUUUGAUAUUGAGAUUAUCCGUGAUGGUUAUCGACCAGAAACCGUAUUCACAAGAACCGGGCUGAAAGGCCAGGUUUGUGACACGCCAGAAAAUGCAUACUCCCACGGUUGUGGGUGGCCUGAAGCCCUAACUAUCCAUCUCGACGCAGAGAAGUGGAAGCCGGGAUACCAUCUCGUGAUUAUACGUGUCAAAGAACCCAAUGGGAGAGACUAUGAGCGUGAGGGAUUUUUUAUUGUCAAGUCGCCCAGUCGCAAAACAAGUGCCAAAGGCGAGGCGGACUUUGUCCUUAUUCAUGCCACUUCGACCAUGCUUGCGUACAACGAUUGGGGCGGCGCAAAUCAUUAUCGAGGAGUUUCAGACGGCUAUCAAGACGACGACCCAUCCCCGCUCUCGAGCACUCAACGUCCGAUUGCCAGGGGCAUGCUGCGGAUUCCUAGAAAUGCGCCGCGUGAGUCGAACGGUGCAACCGUUGCAGAAUUCGGCCACUCACCGAGAUAUCCUGCUCUGGAAUAUGCUUGGUAUUUUCGCUAUUCACGCCAUUUUGCAGACGCUGGCUGGGCAACCUAUGAACGUCCAUUCACGGUCUGGGCAGAGCAGAAUGGCUACAAAGUGCACCAUCUUACACAGUCAGAUCUACAUCUCGAGCCUGACUGUCUCACAGGAUACAGCACAGCUGUUUGUGUUGGCCACGAUGAAUAUUGGUCCUGGGAGCAGCGCGACACUAUUGACAACUUUGUGAAUAGUGGAGGAGCACUUGCUCGAUUUGGAGGCAACUACAUCUGGCAAGUACGGUUUGAUGAAGCAAUGAACACCCAAUACUGCUACCGGCUACCACAGUUGGAUCCGGAGUCGGAGAGCAAUCCCACUCGAACAACCACAGCGUGGGAUUGGCCGAAGAUUGGCCGCCCAGGAGCAACGACUGUCGGAUUGACAGGCGUCAUGGGCUGUUACACGCGAUACGGCAUGGCUUCCCCGCGAUCAUCUGGCGGGUUUCAAGUGUAUCGACCCUCACACUGGAGUUUGGAAGGGACGGAUUUGCGCUACGGCGAUAAUUUCGGUGCGCAUCCCAUCAAUAUCGCCGCUUUCGAGGUCGAUGGCUGUGAUUACACGUUCAAUAAAGGCCUUCCUUAUUCUACGGGCAACGAUGGAGCACCUUCAAAUCUUGAGAUCAUCGCCAUGUGUCCAGCCAGCUUCGGUGAAAGAGACAUCUCCAAUGGCAAGGAGCCCAUUGGUGCACCACUCAGAGAAGUUUUGGGUUUCCUCGAAGCUCUCUACGAGAACCAGGAAAUGCCAGAAUAUCUCAAAGAUCGAGAAUACGGCUCCGGCAUGGUCGUGAGCUUUACCAAGAAGACUGGUGAGGUGUUCUGUGCAGGGACAUGUGAAUGGGUAGUUGGACUUAUUAAGCGCGACACAUUCACCGAAAUGAUCACAAAGAAUGUACUAGAUAGGUUCAUCAGCAGGAAGAGCUCGUGA